CAGGUUUAUGUUUGAUCUGAAUGUGAGUAUUGCAGCUCAUCAAAUUAAUAGAUCCUUUGAUUAUGUGGCACUUUCUUUCAAGUUUAUUGGGUUAUUCCCUAAUUCAUUAUUUAACUUUCUCAAAUUUGGAAUUCUAUUUCAAUGCUCAAGUUUUUAUUAAAAUGCAAUAACUAUUUUGCUGUAAACUUACAGGUUAGACUUCUACACUCUUCUUUUUUAGAUUAUUGUGCCGCAACAGAACUAAAUUCAGAAGAGAUGUCAGGAAAUGAGGAUGAGGAUGAGGACCUGACAGUGACAGAUGUUGCUGACUUGCUCCAGCAGCAGUUUGCUGUCAUAACUGGUGGUAAGUCGGUGGAAGGCUAUCCCCUGAUCACACUUCCAGACUUGGGCAAUUUCGGCAACUUGUCCGACUCAGACUAUCAGAAGUUGAUUCUCUACCUCACAUCCGUCCCUCCUAUGCAUGAAGCAGAUAUGGGGUUCGUACUUGUCGUUGACCGAAGAAAUGACAAGUGGAGCUCUGUCAAAAGCGCGCUUCUAAAAGUCUCAGGUUAUUUUCCAGGGUUAAUACAUAUAGUUUAUGUUCUUCGACCAUCCGGUUUUCUACAAAAAGCCAUUUCUGAAGUUAGCAAUAAGUUAUUCAAAGAAGAAUUCAAAUUUAGAGUGGUUGUGUGUGGCUGUGUUGAAGAGUUGCACCAUUUCAUAGAGAAAAGUGAACUGACCGCUGACCUCGAUGGUAGCAUGCCAUAUUCCCACCAACAAUGGAUUGAACAGAGGAUUGCAUUGGAACAGUUCUCGUGCCAAACAAAGGCAGUGUCGCAGUCACUGGACAGCUUUACUCAGCGGCUGCGCGACAGCACACUAGACUUGGUGCUGAGUCUGGAGGAAGCCCGCGAGCUGCUGGAGAUGCAGCGUGAGGAGUACGAGGCUCUCAAGGAGGAGAUCCUCAGCGCUGCGCAGUGCGGUGAAGCACUGCUUGGUGACAUUCGCCAGCGAGCCACCGCCUCCUCCUCCUCAGCCACCGCCUCCUCAGCCGCGCCCUCCUCAUCCCCGCAUCACCCGUCCUCGCUCUCCAACAUCACUGCUGUUGAAAGGUUACUUGUUCAGCUGGAAGAAACUGAAAGAACAUUUGAUGAUUUCUGGGACCAACAUUCAGCCAGGCUACGACAAUAUCUAGAAUUUAGCAUACCAACGAUAAGAAAUAUUGCGUUAGGAGGGGGAAUAGCAACGCGCUACGCUUUGACGCGACCCUUCAUUAUCAUCAUUAUUAUUGCAUGUUAUAUGAUUAACACAUUCACUCGGACGGAAAAUCUUUCUUCAGUUGUUUUAUAUGUAUUUUUGGGCGCUUACUACAAGACACAAGGUGCAGAAGGUCAUCAGGUGCAAAGGGUUUGGUGCUUUACUGAAAUAGAGCGAGCAGAAGAGCUGGUGAGCAGAGGGCAGACGCUGCUGCGAGGCCGGCAUUACCUGCACCUGCAGUGCGUCACACCCAAAUGCGAGGAGCUGCAGCGCAUGUGCAUCACGCUCAGCGAACGCCUGCAGAAGCGCUCCGAAACACUCGCCAAGUACAGGGACCUGCAAGAGCAAGUUGACAAGGCGAACAAAUGGUGCGCUCGUGGAGUGGAGCUGCUGGCGUCGCAGCACAUCGAGAAGUGUUCGUGCUCAGCCGAGCUGGCAGAGGCGGCCCUCGCCGACAUUCAGGCAUUUGUAGCCAGCGCCGCCCAGUUCAAGCUCAGCAGCCCACGCGAGUUCCACACGCUCUUCCAAGAGUCCAUCACACCUGAAACUAAGGCGCUUGUCACGCAGGUACUGCAAAGAGUCGAUGAUGUCUCUACAAUGUGCGAUAAACGGAUUACUAGUCUAAAGAAACUUGUGCAAAAACCUCCACGACCUGUGCAAACAGUCACUCCCGAGCCAGCUGUGCCUAUUCAAUCUCCAAACCCAAACAGAAUAUCACUGAGUCUUCCAAAGUCGCAGAUAGUGGAGCGUGUUGAAGAAGCAUGCAGUUCGAGUAAUAAGGACAAUGACGUUUCAAAAGCCAAGCGACAUCACGUUCUCACAGAGCUGCUAGAAACUGAAAGGAUCUAUGUUUCCGAAUUAGGAUCGAUCCUGAAGGGUUACAAGUCGGCCAUGUCAUCGGAUGAUAUGAGACUGCUCUUGCCUCCAGGACUUGAAGAAAAGUCGGACAUUCUGUUCGGCAACUUGGACGAGAUCCACCAAUUCCACGGCGAAGUCUUCCUGCAGGAUUUAGAAAACUGCAUCUCAACAACAGAACUUGUAGCACUUUGUUUUACUCAUAGAAGAGAAUCAUUUCACCGGUUGUAUAGUUACUAUUGUCAGAACAUUCCUCGUUCGGAAAGGCUGCGAUCUACAGUGGGCGAUAAUAAUGCCUUUUUCCAAGCGUGUCAGUUGAAACUGGGCCACAAAUUGCCUCUUGCUGCCUAUUUAUUGAAACCCGUACAGCGGAUAACCAAGUACCAGUUGCUUCUCAAGGAUCUUCUCCAGUACAGUGAAGAAGAGAAGUGGUGUGGGGAGCUGAAAGAAGCAUUAGACUGCAUGCUGGUGGUUUUGAAAUGUGUCAAUGACAGUAUGCAUCAGAUCGCUAUUACUGGAUUUUGGGGAGAGUUGGCCGAACAAGGUGAGCUAUUGAUGCAAGGCUCAUUCAAUGUUUGGACAGAAAGCAAGAAAGACCUGUUGAGAGAACUGCGACUGAAACCCAUGCAAAGGCACAUCUUUCUCUACCAGAAAGCUAUGCUUUUCUGUAAGAAAACCACCUCGCAUAAGUCAACCUACCAUUUUAAGCAUUAUUUGAAGAUGUCGGAAGUGGGCUUGACGGAGACGGUGAAGGGGGACGGGCGCACAUUCGAGGUGUGGUUGCCGGGGCGCCAGGAGGUGCACACCAUACAAGCGGCCACCACACAGCAGAAGGCCGCCUGGGUCGAACAGGUCAAGAAGCUGCUCUUCGACCAGCUCGCCCAGCUCAAGAUAAGGCAGUUCUCCUCUACCAAAAUACACCAUGUAGCGCUUCGACAGGCGUGCUCACUGGACACGGUGGGCCCGCGGGGCCAAGGAGGGGAUGACGGGGUGGGACCGUGUCGGUCGCAGUCGACGGCUGGCGAUGAGGACGCGGCCUGGUCGUCCGACUACACCAACAGCGACGAUGACGACCCGCCUAUGGGGGGUAGCGGUGGCGGUGGGCGCUACAUAGCGCUGGCCGAUUACUGCGCGGUCGGCCACAGCGAGGUCUCCAUGAAGGAGGGCGACGUCGUGCAACUCAUCAAGGUCGGCUGCGCUGGCUGGUGGUACGUCCGGCUCAUUGGCGGGCCACAAUCACAGCUGGAAGGCUGGGUGCCGGCAGCCUAUGUGGAGCCGUACAGUCGCAAGUCAUCGCGCAGUUGCCAGUCUGUUAGCAGUCAGGCCUCCUCACUCAACGAAUAGAGCCCACUGAUAUUCGUCUAAUCAUCGUUCUAAAAUUGUGUAUAUUCAACGAUUGCUUGUACAGUCAAAUAUUUGUAAUCUGAGGCUUCACACUCCUGGAAUGUAUAAUGUUAGCUUGUAAACACGAGUGUACAUGGAAGAGUAUUUUCCAACUAAAAGCGUGUCGUUAGUACAAAAAUAAUUUUAUUGUUGAAACAGUAAAAUAUUGAUGAGUUUUAUGAAUAUGGGGAUACUUUCAUGAAUGUGUAAGCUCACUAGCAAAACUGUUUACAUAGAAAUGUAUUCACUAACUAAAAGUGUGUCAUUAGUAUAGAGAAUAAGUCUACUGUUAAAACAGUAUUAUUGUUGUUAACAACAAGAGUGUACAAAUUAUAAGUUAUAUUCAUACCUGGCUGAUAUUGUGUUGAGAAAUUAACUCAGUUAUUUCUAUGUAAACUUGUAGUUGGUAGCUUAUGGACAUCAAUUAUUGUGAAUAGCAAUUCAUUCCAUUGAUGGAUUGCACUGCAUUGAAAACAUGGAAUAUGCUGAUUAGCUACUAGUCAGUCAACAUUUCUACGAUGUAUAUUUUUUAUUUUAUUAUUUGUUUCAAAUCUGUGAGAAUUAGCCUAUACCAAGUAUGAGCCUUUUCAUGAUUUUAAUAUGAUGAAUAUGAAGUGAAUAUUUCAUUUGAUUCGCAACUGUACUUGCUUGAUAUAAAGUUUUUCAACAUAUUCUAUUCCCAAAUGAUGUUAAAGUUAUAAAAUAUUAUAAGAUAUAACACUAUAUUAUUGAAUCAUUGUACGUUUUAUAAUCUACAUGAGCAUACGACAUUCGUCUGCCAUUUUGCAACUACUUACUGUAAGAUAUAAUUAAUACUAGUUUUUCGUUCAAGAAAUGGUAGAAAUUCCUUGUAAUUAACUAUCGAAAUGCCUUUAAAUACAAAUAUGAAAUUAUCCAUUACCUGCCUUAGGUCAGCUACUUUAUUAAGAACAAAAGUGCCCUACAUUUUUAUGGUUUGUAAUUUUGUAAACGUUGAAAUUUCCUUAAUGUAGAUAACUGUUUGCUAUCAGGAUUUAUACUUCCUGAACUGAAAAUAAUAAUUGUUAUUUUUUUAUUGAAUCAGGAAUUGAACCUCUAAAAAGAGCAGUAAGUUCUUUAUAAGUUUUCUAAUUCUAUAAUUUAGUGCCAUUUGCACAGUGUCAGUUUAAACUAAAUUUUCUAUUUUAAACUAGAUUAAAUCUAUAUCAAGUCUCAUUUGUUAUAAAGCAGUUCAUUUUUAGUUUAAUCCACCAGCUGAUUUAAUAGAGUUGCUUUUACUAUGCAAAUGGCCCUUGGAUGAAGUACAGAUUGUGUAUUAAUUAUUAAUACUCUAGAUAUAGAUUGAGUCAGUUUAUUUUGUACUGAUGGUUUUUCAAGUAAGAACAGAACAAAAGAAUUUGAAAUCUAUGAAAAAAGACAGUUUAUACCUUUUACCUCAAUAAUAUCAUCCUAGUAUUCUAGUUUUUAUUCCAAUAUUGUUGAGCAACAAUUUGAUCAUUUAAUUGUUGAUAUUUUUAAUUAUAAGAUCAUUUUCAUCAUUGUAUUUCAACCUGCUUGAUACCCAUGUGAUCUCGAAAAAGUGAAAAAUAAUCUAAUCUUUAUUCAUCAUUUCUACAAACAUUAACUAAUAGGCCUAAUUGAAAGCGACUAAAACAAUGUAAUUUUUAUCAGUUGAUUCCAAUCUUUAUUACCAGAUCUGUAAUUUUCCAAAGCAUUAAUUGCCAUAGGCAUACUUAUGUGAAUUUUGAAAAUGAAUAUUAGGCUCUAAUGAAAGUGAAUUAUUAUUUUUAAAAUGAUCACUUACUUACACCCAGGGCCAUCUAUAUCUAAGUUGAUAUUUGGCCGCACCAACCAACUGUCUCAUCGUAGUUCGCUCCUCAGCAUCUUUUUCUGUCGCUCCAAGCCUCUCCAUGACAGUCUUAACCUGUUGCCACCAUCUCUGUCUGGGUCUCCCAGGGGGUCUUCUUCCGGGACGGUUGGGUGCUAAAACUUUUUUCAGAUUGGACUCUUCUCUUCUUCUGAAUACGUGUUCGACUCAUUGAAAUCUCCUACAUUUUAUUUCUCUUACAAUGUCUGGGUUAUUGUAGAGGUCUCUGAUUUCCUUAUUAUGUUUCUUCCUCCAUUCUCCUUGCUCGUACGUGGGCCCAUAUAUCUUUCGCAGCACUUUAUUUUCAAAAUACUAAGAGCUUUUGUUAUUAUUUCUUUGUCAUUUUGCAAGUUUCAGACCCGUAGAGUAGUACUAGAAAUAUAAUUGUGUUUUUGUAUAGUCUGAGCUUUGUUCUGUGAGAAAGAGACUUUGAAGAAAGUAAUUUGUUGCAGGCAUACACACACCUGUUUGCUGAGUUUACCCUAUUUUGUAUCUCUACAAUAUCCAAAUUUAUACUUGAGAUUGUUACUCCGAGAUAUUUGAAUUCCUGCUCAUCUAUUUUCAAGCUGCCCAUCCUUUCCCUCUGGUUUCUUGUAAAAUGUAUAAAUUUAGUUUUUUUCAUAGGCAUUAAUAAUCGCUGUACCGCGUAACCGAUUCCCUGGUCACUUCUUGCCUUUGAUCCCUGUGCCUCUUUUUCUCUGCUCUCACUUUCUCUCUAGUUUCUUCGUAAAAAUUACAACCAAUCCAUAUGGCAAAAAUGUUUAUACAUGCUUGAAAUCCGAGAAGGAUGUGAGGAAGAAGGAAAUUAUCAACUAUCAAAUAAACUAAUAAUCAUCAAUAAUAAUCAUUUGUUAUUAGUCCAUUUUUCUCUGCUUCUAUUAGCAAUUUGGUAAGGGUUUUCAUGUCCUCUGCACUUUCUGAAAUAAUUGCCACAUAAUCUGCAAAAGCCAACACAUUAAUCUUCGAUCCAACCUCUACACCCACCUCUUGUUGAGCUACUUUUUGAAGCGCUUCCUCUGUGGCCAUGUUGAAUAGAAUUGGAGAGAGCCCAUCUCCCUGUCUGACUCCUGAAUUAACCAAGAACGGUUCACUGUUGUGGCCAUCUAUUUUAAAAUAUUUCUAGUAUGGAAACUAUAACAGCUUCUUUCCAUUCAGAUGGUAUUUGUUCUUUCUCCCAGAUUUCUAGGAUCAGUUCCCACAGUUUUUCUGUAAUUACUUCGCCCCCAUUCUUUAAUAGCUAUGCUGUUAUCUCAUUUCUUCCAGGUGCCUUGUUGUUUUUCAAGGAUUUGAUAGCACUUUUCCCACUACUUGUCUGGUUGGGGGUUGUCUCUGUAUAGCUCCCAGUCAUCUAUACUAUUGCUGUUCAUCCAGGCUUUUUUCCAUCUACUUCGUCCCUCUACUAUUCGUUGACACUCUUGAUCAAACCGUGGCUUUUUGUUUCUAUUUUUUCUUUUACCUCACACUUCUUCAGCGGUGAGCAGAAUUUUAUCUCUGACUAUUGUCCAUUUGUUGUCAAUGCUCUCAUUUUUCCCAUUUCUCCCAAGAUGCUGAAUCUAUUGUCAAGCUUCAGAGCAAAUUCCGCUGCUAUUUCAUUGGCCUGAAGCUUUCCGUUUCUAUUCGUCUUUCUGGUCGUUCUGUCUUUCUUUUCUGAACAGCUUAAAAUUUAGAAGUAAUUUGCCAGAGCAAAACUCUCAAGCCAAGAAAGCUCAAUCACUCUUGUAUCUGAAUACCUGACAUCUUCGAAGACAUCUUCAAAUCCUAGAAAUCCGUUUGUUACGACUUCAACGUAACGUCUUACCUGUCUCUAACUGGUCUCAGAUUGUAGAGCACAAAAUUACACCCAGAUGGAUUUUGAAUUAUACAUUUGAAUGAUAACAAUCAAAAGAUAUUGUUGAUCAAAAACUAAAACUCAUGAAAAUUGUUUCUUUUUUUUAAUUUCUCUCAUUUUUGAAAAAUUGUAACUCAGUGCUCAUUGGAGAUAGAGAGUUCCAAAUGAUCUCAUUUCAAUACAAAUUUCAUAAUCCAAAAAAGCGAGAGCGAAUUUUCCUGUCCGAUCACAGGAUUUGGCGGAAAUGCUGAAAACUGGAAAAUGAGCCAAAAAUACGAGGUUUUGUACAAGGAAAUUUUGCAUGAAAAAAUUGUUUCUGGA